AUGUCGGCAGAAAAAGACGCCCAGGGCCCCGUCGUCGAGGAAACGGAGUCUGCACUCAAAGUCGAAACAGGCAAGCAGGACGGCACUCAAGAUGUCCUCGUUGACGCAAGCGAUGAGGAAUUCCGUCGCGUACGAUGGAAGAUCGAUCUCGUUCUCAUGCCCUUGCUGUCGUUCUGCUACAUGUUGCAAUUCUUGGACAAGCAGUCUCUGAACUACUCCACCUUGCUUGGGAUGCUUCAAGAUACAAAGCUCAAGGGGAGUGAAUACUCCUGGACGGCCGCGAUUUUCUACUUUGGUUACCUGCUGUGGUCGUAUCCGACGACGUACUUUGCCGUGAGAAUGCCGAUUGGAAAGUACCUCUCAGUCACCGUAGUGCUAUGGGCGGCGGUCGUCCUGUGCCACGCAGCCUGCAACAACUUCGCCGGUCUUAUGGUCGCCCGCUUCAUGCUCGGGGUCACUGAAUCCGCAGUGGCUCCUGGCUUCUCCUUGAUCACUGGAAUGUGGUACACUCGCAGAGAACAGCCUCUCCGGCACGGAAUUUGGUUUGCCGGUUCAUGCGUAACCAGUCUAUUCGGCGGUCUCCUUGCCUACGCGAUUGGCCACAUUUCGGGCCCCCUUUCACCGUGGCGCUACCUGUACUUCAUUUUCGGAGCCGUCACCGCCCUCUGGGGUGUGGUUUUGCUUGUUUUCCUCCCGGAUAGUCAGUCCAAUGCAAUCUGGCUUACUGCUCGCGAGAAGAAAGUUGCCCUCUGCCGAGUCCUCGAGAACAAACAGGGCAUCAAAGGGGGUAAAUAUAAAUUGUACCAAGCCAUCGAAGCUUUCAAAGACCCUAUCAACUGGUGCUUGAUUCUAUACUGUUUCUGCGUGAACAUUGCCAAUGGCGGUUUGACAGCGUUUGGAUCUCUCGUCAUCCAAGGGUUCGGAUACGAGGGCCUUUCUGCCCUGUUGAUUCAGAUGCCUACCGGUGCCGCCCAGCUUGGUUUCGUCGUCGCCUCGUCUCUCAUCUGCACGUAUUGGAAAGGAUCUAGAACCGUGGUGAUGCUGAGCUUGUGCUUGAUCAGCCUGGUGGGGAUGGUGAUGAUGUACGCACUGGACCCUGGGAACCGAUCGGGACGACUGGCCGGAUUCUGCCUCACCAUGGCAUUUUCAGCCAACAUGCCAUUGGGCCUCUCCCUGGUCGCGAGUAACGUCGGAGGACUCACGAAAAAGGCGGUUAUCAACGCUUGCAUCUUCGUGAUGUACUGUGUCGGCAACGUGGUUGGACCCCAGUUUUUCCGGGUCGACGAGGCGCCACGGUAUGGACGGGGGCUGAAAGCUAGUCUCUCGGGCUUCGCCUUGGGUGCUUUCUUUUUACUCAUAUUGGGGGUUUAUAUGAGGUGGGAGAAUAUACGACGCGACAGGGUCUAUGGCAAAGUCGGGGAGCAGGAAAACAACGCCAACAGCGAGGAUGACCUCCUAGCUAGUCUUGAGGAUAAGACAGAUUGGGAGAUGGAACGCACUUUUAGAUACCUCCUCUGA